CAGAGCGCAGUGAAGGGAGUGGUUUCCAGCCUCCUCUGUGCUAUAAUUAGAACAAUUACCAUAAUGGAACCUAGAAGUUAUUCUCUGAUUAUAACAAUUUCCAAACGAAUUGACAGUCUCGUUAGUGUAUUAGGUGUGUUAAAGAAUCAUGAUGCUGUUAUAACCCACCUAGAAUCUCGGCCCUCUCGAACACCUACUGAUGAAGACAACGAAAUUGACUACUUUAUUCAGUUUUCCGUACUCUCAGAUUUCAGUCCUGAUACAUUUGUAGCAAUUUUGCAGGAGUUUGUUGUCUCUGCAUCCCUUGUAAGUGGCAGUGAGCCCUCAUCUUGUCUGUCUGACUCUACCCCCUGGUUUCCACGAAGCAUUGCCGAUGUGGCUCAAUGUUGUACAACACUGUUUAAGUAUGGCUCUGAGCUCACUCCAGAUCACCCAGGUUACGGCGACAAGGAAUACCAGGUCCGGCGAAAAGAGAUUGCUGUUAUAGCCAAACGCUAUCAAUAUGGCCGUCCUAUUCCCAGGAUGGAGUAUACAGCAAAGGAGAUUGAAACUUGUUUUGUCUGCUUGAAAUGCAGGGGUAAGAUAUUCAGCAGCCAGGUCAAGCUUUACCCCACACAUGCCUGCAAAGAGUACAACAAACACUUCCCCUCCCUGUUCUCUGAGUGUGGCUAUCGAGAAGACAACAUUCCUCAGCUUGAGGACGUCUCAAGAUACCUAAAGGCAAAGACAGACUGGCAGCUGUGGCCUGUGAUUGGCUGGAUAUCUGCAAGAGAUUUUCUAAAUUCUCUAGCGUUCAGAGUAUUCCCCACUACACAGUACAUCAGACACCAUUCCAAACCAUUCUAUACCCCAGAACCUGACAUAUGCCAUGAGCUGAUUGGACACGCUCCAUUGUUCUGUGACUCUGCCUUUGCCCAGUUUUCUCAGGAGAUUGGACUGGCCUCUCUCGCCAUCUCCGAUGAGUGGAUCGAUAAUCUAGCAUCUCUCUACUGGUUUACUGUUGAGUUUGGUCUGGUUAAUGAGGGGGGUUCCCCCAAAGCCUAUGGUGCCGGUCUGUUGUCAGGCAACGAAGAGCUACAAUAUUGCAUUACCGAUUGUCCUGAGCGACGCCUACUGGAUAUUGGGGAGAUUAUUGUGACAAAGUACCCUGAAACUGGGCUGCAACCACUCUACUUUGUUGCCAGCAGUUUAGAGGACAUGAGGGACCAAAUGAGUGCAUUCUCCAAGUCAAUUCCUCGUCCGUUCUGUGUUAUCUAUGACCACAUUAAUCAGAAAGUAGAAGUUCAAACUGCUGUUGUAUGACCAGUUAUUAUAAUCAUGUUAUAACAUGUAAUAAUAUAUAGAGGUGCAUGGUUAGCUAGUUUUGUGCAAUUCUCAGUCUGGAUGCCUUUACUGUGGCGCAUCAAUAACUAUAAAUCAAUAAUUAUUGCAAUUUACCAAA